GAUCGAUUUUCGCCUCUGUGAACCUCCCAAUUUUCCAGUUUCUUCGGAAAAAUCCCAUCUCGACUGGCUGCGAGUUUCGUAAUAAAUCUUCUAUUUUUAGUGACCGUACCGGCUUGCCAAAACUCAGAUCGAACACGUUAAUAAUUAUUAUCCGUAAUAAUCGUGUGCCCGGAGCUCUACUCCUCCAAACUUCCUCGGGGAACGUUUAUUGUCUAACGAAACCAAUUGUUUGUGUGGUGACCUACUCCAAAAUUCGCGAACCGUUCAGUUCCGAGAACGAUCCGCCAAAGGACCGCUCUUUCCUCCCGCGAAUUUUGGCAGUUUCGAGUGGUGCCGCUUUUCGCGAAAUUUUGGUGAGGAACUGUCAUGAGUUCUAGUUUACGCAGGCGCACCCCCAGCCCUAAAACCGUCACUUUCGAUCCCUCCCUGCCGGCAGAUAUGGACCGUCGAUCCAGGAGGAAUUUCAGGAGUCUGAACGAAUGGGAAAAGUACUUGAACGCAUUGUUGGCUGACCUACAAAGCACCAUCCCAGGGUCAGGUUCCCUCAAUUCCUCCAGGACUUCAAAACAAUCCCCAGUAGGAAGUCCAGCGUCCAGAAAUGAGAGCGUUUAUUCGACGGUUUCCUAUGAGAAAUCCAGGGCGUUAUCCGACUCCAAGAGUCCGUCCCUUGGACAGUCCACCAACAACUACUACUCGCCGCCUGAACCUCCAAGAAAACCAGGUGCAUACAACAACAACCUCAUGGAACUGGACAACUUGCUCCAAGAUCUCAGCAGUUCGAGAUACGCUAACCUCUCUGACCACGGGUUGAACGGGUCGCAAAACGCUUCUUUUAAUGGAUCUGGAGCUAGGAGCCCACAUUCUAGACCUUCUAGUGCCCAAAGCAUCUCCAAUCGGCCCACAGUAGACAGCCUGCUGGACAGCUUAGAUUCGGGUGAAGUUAUUUACACCGGCCCCCAGAAAGUAACGAUCACGGUGAAAGAAACAAAGACAGAGACUGGAUUCCCCGGGGAAACCGAACUUAUUUCUUCCGAAGUAUCUACUUCGAAAACACCUGCUGCUUCCAAGGCUACUAAGGAGCUGGAAGAACUGAUGGCUAGUCUAUCUACGAGCAAGGGCAAGCAGCCAAUCGCCAGUCCACCUGAGAAGAUCUACCCUUCCAAAGCGACCCAGUCACAGACCUCCCCAGCCCCCAAGCAGAACCUCGAUCAUAUGCUUGGUAACCUACAGGCCGAUAUGAGUCGCCAAGGGGUCAACACGAGCCAGAAGGGAUGCUGCAGCGCCUGCGAUAAGCCCAUAGUGGGCCAGGUCAUCACCGCCCUUGGGAAAACGUGGCAUCCAGAGCACUUCACUUGCAACCACUGCUCCCAGGAGUUGGGCACCAGGAAUUUCUUCGAACGCGAGGGAAAACCGUACUGCGAGAUCGACUACCACAACCUGUUCAGCCCGAGAUGCGCCUACUGCAACGGUCCCAUUCUGGAUAAAUGCGUGACGGCUUUGGAGAAGACCUGGCAUAUGGAACACUUCUUCUGCGCCCAAUGCGGCAAACAGUUUGGGGAAGAUGGUUUUCAUGAAAGGGAGGGUAAACCCUAUUGCCGUGAGGAUUAUUUCGACAUGUUCGCCCCUAAAUGCGGCGCUUGUAAUCGCCCGAUCAUGGAUAAUUACAUUUCAGCUCUGAACAGUCAAUGGCAUCCGGAUUGUUUCGUUUGUAGGGAUUGCCGCCAGCCCUUCAUAGGGGGCUCUUUCUUCGACCACGAGGGACAACCGUACUGCGAGACCCACUAUCACCUGAAGCGCGGUUCUUUAUGCGCCGGCUGCCAUAAGCCGAUUUCAGGCCGUUGCAUCACGGCCAUGUUCAGGAAGUUCCAUCCAGAACAUUUUGUAUGUGCGUUUUGUUUGAAACAGUUGAACAAAGGCACAUUCAAAGAGCACACCGAUAGGCCCUAUUGCCACGCUUGCUUCGACAAGUUGUUCGGUUGAAAAGAUUAAAAAUGCUAUUUUCUUAUAUUCAUCAGGAUUUUCGUGAGGACUGACGCUGAAAUCAUUACUCAUCCAGGCUUGAACUUUCAGUUAGAUUUCCGAAGUACAGAUCGGUUCGGAGAAAAAUCAAUUAUAUAUUUUUAGAUGCAGCUUUACCAGUACACAUUCCAGAUCCAAUCGUUCAAUGUAAAAAUAUCAAGAUCUGCACUCAAUUCUUUUUCGUUAAGAAUAAAUAAAACAGUUGGUCAAUUAACUAUAUUACAAAUAAAAUUGAAUUGAAAAUUAUAGAAUAGACUUAAAUAGUUGAGCCUAUUAAUGAUUUUAUUCUAAUAUCUGCACCAGUUAUUCUGCAUUCUUACUAAUUAUAAAAGUUUAAUGUGAUGAAGUUUUAUCAUAAUAAUUAUGGAUAUUUUAAUGCCAGAUUUUAUUUAAUAUGGUGCAAUAUGACUGUUAGAACAGUACUUAUUUCAUUCCUUCAGUAUCAUAUUGAAAUAAUUUAAACUUGUGCUGAAAAAAUGACAAACUGAUUCUGAAAAAAAUCUUUGAAAUUCAAUGUUUGAAAACAUUUCUGCUUAUUUGAAACUAAUAGAUGAAGAAAUAUUUUAUGUAAUAACUGUUCCAAAUUAAAUUAUUCAAUUUAAA